AUGUUCAAACCUGCUGCACUCGCUGUCUUCGCUGCACUCUCCAUUCAAAAUACAUCCUACUCCUCCUCCUCUGGGCCAUUUGCCUUGUCGUGGAACAGCACAUCUCCCUAUGGUCAAUCCUCUGGCCUUUUCGCCAUGUUCGAUGGAACCUACGGAUCCGCGAUGAAUUUUACCAGCGGCACACCCUCUUCCUCUAAUCUCACCGCUUCCUACAACGCUACCUCCGGCAAAUUGUCGCUGGUCUGCGCUGGAGAUGAUUAUCUAACGGGUUUGGUUGCCGCGUUAGUGUAUGAGCCAGAGUUGACUCCUCCGACAUAUACGCUUCAGUGGGUAGAUGACUCUGAUGCGACAUUGCCUGCGGGAUCGAAUAAGACAAGUUUGGUCCCCAUGGAUGGAGGGAUUGUAUCUACUCUCGGCAGUGGUAUCUUCAAAGAAGUGAUUGUGGAUGACAUUGUUAGUGGACAGAAUGUUACUGCUUUUGCCUGGGUUCAAGAAACCACCGCAGAGAACCAGGAUGUCCAAGCUCAUAUUGUCAUCGCAGAUGGGAGCAAUGUUACUUGCGAGGCAUCGACCUCUUCUUGUUAA